GGAGGUAACAGUUCAGGGUUUUCACUUAAAUUCUUUAAAGUGCACCUUUUUGAAUAAAUGUCAAAAAAUUACAUUACAACAGCAGUUUUAUUGAAACGACUGGAAAUUAACGUGGCAAAAUGGCAAAGCGGAGGAUCACGCAGGAAACCUUUGACGCUGCUGUCAGGGAAAACAUGGAGGAGUUUGAAAUGGAUCCCGAAGAGGCUUUGAGGGAGGCUGUGGAGCAGUUUGAGUCUCAGGGUGUGAACCUCAGUUGUAUAGUAAAAGCGGUCCCAGCUGUAUCAUCUGACGACAAACAAGAAGAGCAAACGCAUGAGGUCUUACAGGCUUUGGAUUCUCUCCGUAUUGGAAAAGACUCUGCUAGUGUAAAGGAGGUGACAGCGGAUAUAAAGUGCUUCACUGAGCAGUGCUCGCUUGGAUUUGCCCAGAGGUACCUGGCUGCCCAGAAAGAUGCCUACCCGAUCAUCUUCUCCUACUGCAAAAAGAGCAUGGAGGACCAAGAAGCUGUGUUGGCUGCGCUGUCCGCUCUGGCUGCACUGACAGAUGGACAGCCAGACUUGUUGGAUGCAGAAGGCCAGCAGUUUCUUUUAGAUGUCUUAAAGAAGUAUCCGGCAGAUUCCUCACUGACGUGUGUCGCCAUCUGCGCUGUGCGUCACUGUUGCUUAAAGCAUGAACAGAACAGGCAGGAUUUGGUGAAAGGCGGCGUCCUGCCUCUUCUGACUGGUGCCAUUACUCGACACAGUGGAUCUGCUGAGCUGGUCAAGGAGGGCUCUGCAACUCUCAGGGUCAUGACCUUCGAUGAUGAUGUCCGAGUUACGUUUGGGCAUGCUCAUGAGCAUGCCAAGAUUAUUGUUCUUGAGAACAAUGGACUGAAGGUUUUAGUUGAAGCUGCAAAAGCUCACCUAGGUAAUACUUCUGUUCUGAGUGAGCUGUGUGCAACUUUGUCCCGCCUGGCUGUAAGGAAUGAGUUUUGUCAAGACAUCUGUGAUCUGGGUGGAUUAAAGCUCAUGAUGACGUUGCUCGCAGACAGCUAUGAGUCAGCGGAGCUAGUUCGGCAGGUUCUUAGUGCAAUACGGGCCGUCGCAGGAAACGAUGAUGUGAAAGAUGCAGUUGUUAAUGCUGGUGGGGUUCAGCUCAUUGUCAUCGCCAUGAACAGACACAUGAGCAACUCUGCAGUGUGUGAGCAGGGCUGUGCAUGCCUCUCUGUCCUUGCUUUGCGCAAACCCAACAACUGCAAAGUCAUCAUGGAGAACGGCGGCGCCUUGGCUGCUGUGCAGGCUAUGAAAGCUCAUCCUGACGCGGUCAAUGUACAGAAACAAGGAUGCAUGGUGUUGAGAAACCUGGUCUCACGUAUGCGUAACCUCAGCCAGCCGAUCUUGGAAAUGGGAGCAGAGGCCCUGAUAGCUCAGGCACUGCAGACCCACCAAGACUGUGGUGACGUGGCUAAAGCAGCCCUCAGAGAUCUGGGAUGUCAGGUGGAGCUUCGAGAGCUGUGGACCGGCAAACAUGGCAGCCUUACCCACUAAAAGUGGAAGAGAACUUCCUCAAGAUCAUACACAUUACAAUGAGUUUGCCUGUUGGCAAUUUUAAACAAAAUGAAAUGCUGUGAUGUUGGUAUAUACUACACAGUAUAGCCAAAAGCUGAAGCUUAUGUACUUACCUAGCUAAACAUAUUUGUACAGUGUAGUAGUUGUAGAAAAGCCUUGCAGGUAGUGUGAACAGCCACAUAAUCAGUUCCACACACAAUGCCUUUGAGGUUACAUAUGUUUUCCAGUACGGUCCAGUUGCACAUGUUUUCUUUAAUUUUUUUGUAUUACAUUUAUGUUAAUGUUGUGUGUUUUGUACAAUGGGUUAAUAUAAGUGCAUUUGCUGAUAUGCAAGUAGUUGCACUGGAUUAUGCAAGUUCUUUUGUAUAGCCUUUUUCAGACAUGGAAUAUGUAAAGUUUUUGGCUUCAUCAGUCUAUAAAAUGAGAGAAUUUUCUCAUUCAGAUGUAGGUCACUUUAUUGUUAAUGUUCUUGGUGGCUUCAUUCAGACAUUCCCACCACUGUGACAGAAAGCAAAAAACUGUCAAGUGAAAUAUAACACAAAAUGCAUGAGUAAACAAAACAAUAAAUCUUAUCUGACAGCAGGCUUAUCAAAGUGUCCAAAUAACUAAUUGCCUACUUUAUUCAUGAGUUUCCUGGUUACUGAAAAUCCUGUCCAAGUGUGCUGAUAGGCUAACUACUACUUUACUGAACAGUAAAAUAAAAAUAUUCCAGCAGCUGUGAUGGAGCUCAGGACUCAACCAAGCAGAUGAUCUAACAACCUGAUUUGAAGAAAUGAUGUUGACACAACCAAAUGUAACACUUAUAGGAUGCCUUAGACUUUAUACUAAAACCAAAUAGUUCUUUUUUUUUUUUAAUUUAAGCUUGUAUAUUCACGAUUACAGUGUUACACUAAAUUAAACUGUGUUCUGCAUGGCCAUGAUAAAACCGACUUUGGUGCUCCAA